ACUACACAGUUAGCCAGUAAGAUCCUGGUUGGCAUUCUCACCAGGCUUAUGAUUGGCUGUGAGAGUGUCUGCGGGUUGUGAGGGAGUGCAGACAGUGGCGGCGACCAAGUGUCACGGCCCACACCACCCACUACACCGUCAGGGUAUCUGCCCUGGUGUGUGCCUCGCUGCGCGGUAGCUUUCUGCUAGGGGUCCUGCUGGCUUAUGCCACUACUGCUGUUGUUGCUUCUGCAGAAGCUGCUGCUGGAGGGCCUAGACUUGGGAGGGACGCGGCGCGCCAGUGGGGCUGGCCUUGAGCGCGGGCCGGUGUGCUGCAUGCAAGGAGGCGGGCGGUGGUGCAGUGCAUGUGUGGAGUGGCGGUGUGCACACGGCAGCAGCAGCAGCAGCAGCUGCAGCGGCAGCAGCAGCAGCGGCAGCAGCAGCUGGCCGUCUCGGGUGCACCAGCAGACCAGCAGCCGCCUGUCCGACCGGCGUGCGUGCGUGCGUGUGAGUGAAGGCGGCCGCCGCGCUACGCCUUCUAACGUAAACACAGGAGGAAGGGGGGCAAAAUGAUCGUCUUCCUGUCAUUGUGCGAGUGAGCCUUACGGUGCGGUAGUGGCGUCCCGCGUCAGUCAGCCUGCAGGAGGCGCUGCUGCAGCUACCACCGCCACCACCACCAUCACCUCCGUCACCACCAGCUGAGACAGCAGGCGUGGUGGUGGGCGGGGUGAGGGCGUGUGAGCGGUGGUGACACUGGUGAUCCAGUAGGUGGGUGCCAGACCCCAGCUGUGGCACCAGCGGGACGCCACCCACUUCAAUAACAAAUGAAGCAGCCAGUUUGUGAAGUGAUGUGGGGAUCAGUUACCCAAAUAAAUGUACCUUGCAUAAUGAAGAAAUUUCAUCUAAGCUGAAUAAAUAAUGUGACGCUUAAGCUGUUCACGAAUAUAGAAGAAAUACAAAAGAAUUACCAUGACACCCCCGACCAAUCUAUCUUAAGUCCUUCUGAGACAGUGCCUUAGACAGGAGGCACUUAAGCAACCAUAAGAAAGAUAACGGAAGUGUCAGAAGAACUUAGGAAAGUUGUACAGAAGGCCCGCAGAGGAACAACCUGGCAUCACAACGAACCUCAGGCAGCAAAUAAGGAAAAACGACAAAACGAGAAAACAAUUGAAGCCAAAUUUGUGUGUUGGGUGGAGAAGCAGGAGCGAGGAGAGUUAGUGGGGCUCUUACGGGAGAAUUGGGCCUCCUGGAGGGAGCAGCCCCCGCCACACCAGGAGACGCAGACCCCCGCCAGACACCUGAGCGAGCGAAGGUUGGCGAGGUCCAUCUGACGGCGCUGGAAGGAACGUACCAUUCCCAUCUUCCAGGAGAAGACCUGCUUCCUGGAGCAGCCGCCGGAGGUGGUGUCAGUGUGUGUGUGUCGUGGGGGCCGCCACACUCCCGCCCUCUGUCUUCUAGGAAAGCACUUAUUCACCCCUUUUCCCGCCCCCGUAAGACGCAACAAGAAGGAGGAGGAGGUGGUUACCAGACCUCCCUCACGACCCACGGUAGUUGACGGUUAGAGUUGGUGGCUGGCGGUGGUUUGCGUCCACACACACACCCUCAUGCUACCCCAUGUGCCAUCCGAGGCCCAUUGGGUGUUCCUGGUACACUGGUGUUACGGUGCCUUCGUCACCUAAGACUCGUCCGGUGACUUGUGACGGCGAGAGACUCGUUCAGUGGUGGUUGCUCUUGGCGUCGCCACACCGCGGGUCUGUGACGCUGACGGCGUGUUUCCCCGCUGGAGGAGGAGGAGGAGGAGGAUGCAGUGCCCCCAGGACACAGCUCGUCCCGCAGGCGAGGCACAGCCCGUCACCAGAGAGUACUGACGGAGUGCAGUGAACUCUGGACACUCUUGAGUGCUCUACUCCCCGCACUCUCUCUCUCUCCUUCACUCUUCAGUUUGAGUCUACAAGGACAUGCAGCUUGACUUCACAGGAGCAGUGAAUCAGAAAAUUAACAGGAGCAGUGAACCAGAAGAUUAACAGGAGCAGUGAAACAGAAGAUUAACAGGAGCAGUGAACCAGAAGAUUAACAGGAGCAGUGAAACAGAAGAUUAACAGGAGCAGUGAACCAGCAGAUGGACCUGUGGAAGCCAACUGUUCGUAAGGCGAAAAAACAGGUGAGCGGCGGCGACCCGUGUGAGUGGGCGGCCAGCCUGCCGGACGUGGUGGCCGACCUCACCCUCGCAGACACCUCCCCACCUGCCACCCACCAUUCCUCAAUGCUCGGCACUCGCGACCAUCACUACCCGGACAUGAGUGACGUCCGGACGCGUCGUCGGAACGCCAGGCCCCCUCAACCACCCGUAACGCCGCAAGGGCUCGGGGCCGGCCCUCAGGGCUUAGGGGCUGCGCCCACUCAGCCCAUUGUAUCUGGUGGUGGCGCCACUGGAGGGACUGCGGGUGGCUGGAGGCAUAACCCUCAACUUCCAUGGCCAUCUCAGCCUUCCCUGGAGCCACUAGGUGUAGCGACACUGACAUCGGGCGUAGGUGUGAGCGGUGUCCAGGGGGAAGGGGAAGGGGCGCGCGUACGCAGUGCGUCUAGUGAACCCCGGGGACCCGCCGGCAAUGGCGACCGGAGAGUUCGCUGUUCUUCAGCCACAAGAUCACGCCAACACCGCCCACGCCCACCUCCGGGGGAUCGCCCACAUGGGAACACCACUGUGCCACCUGUCGCCUCUCUUCCCCCGAGUGGGUGCGGUCCGUACUCCCCCACCCCGGGGGUGUUACAGCCCGGGGGCAGCGCGGGUGUGGUGGGCGGCGUUCUAGCCCGCCUAGCUGGUUGCUAUGAAAACUUGGAACCAGGACGGGAAAGCGGGGAGGGAAUGGCAUACGGUUACCAGGUGAGUGAUCUGGAGGCUCUCCUCACUGAGGCGUCUCCCUCCCGCCCCGCCAACCUGCCCAUGGUGCUGGCGUCGUCAACGCGCCUCCACAACAUGCGCCGCACGCCUGAGCCGCGCUCUCACAACCAGCAGCCCGUACGCCCAUUCCUGCCUCUUGGAAUUAUUGUCAACGCGGUGUUCAAAACGCGAGACUGGCUAUACGUGCGCACGGCGCACGGAGCAGAGGGCUACGUGCCGUACCGAGUGUGUUUACCCCUGGGGAUUCUCCCUCCCCCGCGAGAAGGUCAUAGCUUGCCGCUUGGCGCCGCAGACGGAGGCGCCGGCGGAGUGUGGGACAAUAGGGUGGACAUGCUCCAGGGCGGCAUGACCCAGCUGCCUGUGGCUUCCCCGGCGGCAAAUACCACAGGCGGCAUGGGCGCCGAGGCUGGGGGCCAGACGAGAGGCAGAUCUCGUGGGCGGCGGCGGCCUCCUUGCAUCGAUUCCUCAAAUCAGACGGACACCCAAAAACUACAACCAGUUGUCCGCAGCCUGUCAGAGGCACGCUCCCCGCGGGAGACACUUGAGACUCAGGUAACCCAAUCUACGACCAUGCCCGCGACCUCCAACGAUCACGUGCUCGUGUAACCCCCGUCACAUCUCACUACAGAACACGUGAGGUGUGCAAGGAAUAUGCCAUUAAUGAUAGUUUACAUUGCAUUAACCGAAGUACAUUGAAUGAACGAAUAAUGAUUUUGCAGUGUAGUAAUUGUCCUUCCCACAGACUGGCCACCAUUCACUGUUUACGCACUUUUCCUAAUAUAUAACAUUGGCGUGUGAGUAGAGAAUUACUGAUCGCGUAUUUUGCCGUGAUUAACGGACAAACCUUUCCAACAUGUCUCUUAACACCCGCCAUCUUAUUCUCUUGAUUGUCAAUUCAAUGUGAUGUUUUUUCCUAUUAGUCAUGCAAUUUAUUUAUAUAUUUGUACAUGAAAGUGAAUUAAAUUAAGUAUAUUAUAUUUGUAAACCAUUUGUUAGUAUUAUAUUUAUUGUUGACAUGUUUUCAUAAUUUAAAUUUGCUAUGAGGCUAUCUUGAAUAUUUGUGUCGAAGAAUUUUAGUUAUUCCACGUGAGUUAAGAAAGACACCAAGAAGUCAGUUUCACGUGACAUGAUGCCAAACGCAACCUCGAGUCUUCCAUUUGAGCUGUAAUGUUAAAAAUCUAAUGACAGUUACACGUGAAAUAUAUAUCUGACCCUUGAAGCCAUUUACACUUUAGCUAUGAUGCCUGAAAAGACCUGGAGUCAGUUCCAUGUGAUAUACAGAAUAUAUAUUGCCAGAUAACACUGAGUUAGUCCCACAUUCGUUGUCACCAACGACAUCUGAAGUCAGUCCCAGUUGAGUUAUGACGGCCCACAAUAGACGCUAAUCAGUUCAGCAUGAAAAGGAUUGAUAGGAAUUUCCUGAGACCAGGUAUGUGCUUACUGAAUAAUGGGUAUCUAUAAUAGUUUUAAUUAAGAUCUCAAUUACUAUUUUUAGAACGAAGCUUCAACGAUGCUUUACACAUCAACAGCGUACUAGAGUAUAUCGACAAGAUAUGAAAUUUUGCUAAUAUAACCAAACCUAUCCUAACGUUGUUUGUGAAGACCUGUGUGGUUAGGUUGGGUCUAACAUAAGUUUAAUUUUGUUUGCAAAACAUUAUCAUUUUCAUUAUUACAAAUUGUGAUUAUAUAUGCAACCGCCCAUAUUUUGUUGAUAUACAUUACUGCUGCUACAUGUAUUGUGUUAUUGAAGAAUGGGUUACACAAACAUUCACACACACACACACACACACAUACACACACACACACAGAUAUAAUCAUGUUCCAGCUCUGACUUUAUAUUCACCUAUUAUAUUUAUUGUUUUCAGCGAUAUUUCAGAGAUCAAGAAUGCUCUUUGAUUGUUAUGUGAUUUUCACCAAAUUAAAAUGAUUACUAUUACUAUUAUUAUUAUUAUUAAUCUCACUUGUGAAAGAUUGCUUUGAACUAUGCAUGAAAAAACUGCAUUUUUCCUGUGCAAUUAUCGGAAGCAAAACUGGGAUGCUAUUAUUUUAAUAAAUA